GUCAAGUUUAAUUUUAUUUUAUUCAUUAAUUAGGCCUUAAAACAGUUUAUAUUUGGUUUAAAAGUGAUUCUCUGCCUAAGGUUAACAUAAAAAAGUAGAAUGUCGUACGAAUAUCCGGAAAAUAUGCCUCAAAACUCAAUUGGAAACAUAUCAAAUGGCGUUUUCCAACUGCUUGGUCCUCAAAUUGUUCAUUCACAACAUCCUGGCUUUCCAAUACCAAUUUGCGCACUACCACAACCAAAUUCCAUGAACCAACACAGUCGCCCACCAAUGUUUCCCGUUUAUUUUCAUCAAAAUAAGCCUUACCAGCAAUUCCAAAACCGUCCAAGAUUUUUUGUCAACGAACCAAUUAAUGAUUCGUCCUUAUUGCUUAUACCGCGCGCAAAUCAUUCGCCAAUCAAAGGCCCAGUUAUUCCUAUCAAGCGACAUAAAUUUAAUGAGACUCAAACUAAUGACACUGAACCUAUUUGUGAAAUAAAUAGUCCUCCAAGCUUAAACUCUAGUUCAAGCUAUGAAGGUAUUUCUGGCGUAGAAGUCGAUAGCAUUUUCUAUGAAUUGCAAUGUUUCGCAUCUAAUGGAUGUACAUUUGCUGAAGGUAUCGCUCAAAACUAUCGUAAGCGUCCAUGCUUUAAGAAAAUCGAGUUGUUACUAUCACGUUUGAAGCAGGAAUUAACUAUCCAUCACAACAUCACGUCGAAUAUCAAUUCACAAGGAACAGCAUGGGCUAUUAAAGACUUUAUCUUUGUUUUCUCGCGUCUUGUUAAUGCAUGGAUCAUUAUGCGUGGAUAUAUUUAUGAUAAGAGUAAGGGAUUGGAUGAUUUACGUAAGGAUUAUGAUCCAAACUUUUCUGCUAGCUUUAUUGAAUGGCAAGAAGCAACAUUAAAGAUGAUGAAAGCUAUGAUGGGAACUGUAGAAAAUUUCGACGUAAUGGCUCAAAAUAAGAGUGGAAAUAAAAACAAAAAGAAAGAAAUUUAUGUUGAAAGUGAUUCCGAAUUGAAGCAGCAUGAUAAAGAAUUCUUAGAAAGUUUCCAAAAGGAAUUGUUCUCGCCAAAAUCGGCUGAAAAUUCUGAAGAAGUUCAAAUUCGCAGUCAUCAAACUAAUGCUUAUUUCCGUUCUGGAUAUUUGAAACCAUUACAAAUUGAUUCUCAAUCUCAAUAUUCGGUCUCUAGCAGUAUGGAACCAACUACACCUGCUACACCUAAUGAUCUUCUCAACUGGAUGAGCUAUGAAGACUUGAAUGACAGUCCAUUUAAUUCAGCAUCAACAAGCAGUUCAGGACGAUUGUAUAAUCGUAAGAGUUAUUCAUUGCCAGCUACUCCAAUGGAUAAUCAUAAUCAUCGUGGAAAUUUGUUUGAUUCGUCAUUCAAGUCUCGUGCCAAAAAGGAUUUAUCUUCAAAGUUUAAUUCCAUGAGUGGUUUUAAUCGUGAUAUUGAGGCUGAAUUAGAAAAAGAAUUUGGACGAUUGGACAUAAAUAAUAUCGAUGAGAAUGAUGAUGAAGAGAAGCGUUUGGAAAAAAUGUAUAAGAAAGAUAGUUCUAAAGUUACAUAUUUGAUUAAUGAAGUCACAAAGUUAUCGUAUGAUGAUAGUUUCACCGUGUGCAUUAAUUUGAUCGUUGACAAAAUUAAGAAUGGAAAAUGCUCGAACCUCGAUAGCAUCCUCGAUGAAUUUAAGAUUUUAGUCAAGCAUGCAAAAGGCUUGAUUGAAAAUUCUGAUGAUGAUAAGACAUCAUUAAAGAAAUUUGUUACUGCUCUCGAGGCUAUAACUAGUCGUAAGGCCUUUGAAAAUAUCAAAUAAUUUGUUAAAUUAUUUACUGUUAUGUUCUUGUAUGAACGUAGUUAAGCUUAUUGCCAUUGAUCAUGGCUGCAUUUUUUUUUUUGUUAUUACUAAGAAUCUUAUUUACUAUAUAUAUAUAUUUUUUGAAGAACCAUUAGAAUCACACAGAAAGAAGAAUAAUAACAAUAAUUUGGAUAAUUUUAGAAAACUUAAAUUUAUGAGGAAUGGGAAUGAUUUGUUAACUUAAGGAACCAGAAUGAACAAAAUAAAAAUUUUAACGGUUG